GUGACAUAUUGUUAAAUAGUCUCAAACCUUUUUGUUUGCGGAUGGUGUUUGGCAGUUGGUGUUCGGCAGUUAGUUUAUGAAACAAAUUACAUGUUAAUUCCUUGUUGAAGGGUCUCUCAAGGAGAAUGAUGUCCUACCAACACCUGUUAGAGCUAGGAAUCAACGUUUUACAAGUGAUAACAUACAACAACCUAGAUCUGACAAUAUGCCUAUGAUUGGAAAUGUGAACAAUGGGAAAGUUGGAGUACCAAGGAUGUUAGGAAAACAUGCCAACAAUGCUUUAAUUAAAGACAAUUUGGUAAAGAAGGCAGCAUUUUUGGACCCUGCUCACCAACUAAAUCAACUCCCUAUGAUUGGUCAAGCUAAUCAUCAUCAAUAUGGCCAAAACAAUCAACAAUAUGGCCAAAACAAUCAACAAUAUGGCAGAAACAAUCAGCAAUAUGGCGGAAACAAUCAGCAAUAUGGCCAAAACUAUCAUCAAAUUGUUCAAAACAAUGCUCCAAAAAUAAGAGAUAGACUUCCUCCUAAUCGAGCCUUGAUAGCAGAAGCCAAUCAUAACUUAAAUUAUUCUGAAUACUGGAUAAACCAUGUUACUCUCCAACACAAGCGUGGCUACAGUGUUGAAAAAUCAGAGAAAGCUAGAGUAAUUGAGAAUUCAAAGACGGAUGGUGGUGCAGAAGCAGCAUAUUUUGCCUGGUUGAUGGAGAAACAGCUUGGUUGCUACCCUCGUGACCUUCAUCAAUUUGGGAAUGGAGUUAACCAGUGGACAAUGUGUAAUACUGGACGCCUGGCCUUGAAGCACCCUUGCAUUGUCUAUUCUUUUGGAAAAACUGACUUUGAAUUUGAGAAUGGGAUUGAAGUGAAGUUUCAAUGUCAAAUACAUGUGUUUGAUAUUAACAUUGAGAAUUUUGCGGCACAUUCCUUGUCAGAUAAUACACAUUUCCAUGCAAUAGGACUGUGGGACGAUGACAUUGACACAAGGAACGUACGGGAUAUCUCUCUGAAUCAGUUGUCCACUAUAAUCAAACAAACAGGUCAUGGUAAUAUGAUGAUUGAUCUGCUGAAGAUUGACAUUGAUAACAUACUAUGGAAUGUGCUUCCCUCUAUUAAAGAUGGAUGUUGGAAGCGUGUUAAACAGCUUAUAAUCAGAGUUUAUGGUCCAGGAGAUGGUUUACAAGUUCCCUCAGUACAAAAAAUGUAUAGAAUUCUAGCUCAGGUGGAGAGAUUUGGAUUCCUCAAGUACAAUGUACAACCCUGUCCUAAGCAAAAGAUUGUGUCUAAAUUCACCAACAAUCUCCUUUUCCCAUGUUUUGACAUAAGCUACGUGAAUAAACCCUACAUAGGAUAAUCAGCAUACAUGUGAUAAUCAAUUAUGAAUCAAAAUGACACAACGCUUUGCCACAGAUGAUUUAUCAUGGUCUAGGGAGCGGAAUAAAAUUACAAAGGAGGACUAGAACAUGAGAACACACUUGGAUAUUCGAAGAAGAAACAUUAAGAUUGAACACUGAAUUUCAGCCACAAAUCAGAUGAAUCUGAUGAUGUCCUACUGACCAUGGAGUCUGAUGAUAUAAGAAAUUGCGAGCGAAUUUCACUUUGGAAAUUUCAAUGGUACUAGUUUCGUAAUUUAUUGUAAUGUGAAAAGAAAAAAUGAAAUCUCAUUUAACAAACUCAGAGUAGACCUUUCUCUAAAAAGUCAGCUUUUUGCACACAUUUUUUUUAUUUUAAUAAUGUGGCUUCACUAGAAUGUGCCUGUUGUCACCACAUUGAAACCCACAACACUUUUUUCUACAGUGCCCUCUGUACAUAAAACCUAGAUGAACUUCUAAGAGAUCUCUAUAUGGCCC